GAAUCCAAAAAACAAAAACAGCCGCUGAAAACAGAAUCGGAAAAGCAGUGGGAAAAGCGGGACAAGAACCGAAGGAAGAGAGAGGCGAGGCAGGCUCGUCGGAGUGACGCGACAUCUAGUGGAGGAAGACUCGUGUCCGAAGAUGAAUCCGAACUCCACGCUGCUCUCGAAUUUGAAGAGUACGAAAUCCCGCAGCGUCCUGAUGUAUCUCAGUUGCAGAAUCCGUUUGAGAAAGACCCAAGCAAGCCUGAUGUUCCAUCCCCGAAACCAGAAAUUAAAGAACCUCAAAUUGUUGCUGCCAAGAGUUCAACAAACGCCCCAAGUUUGCUGGACGAUAUUUUCAAGUCGCAGUCGACCUUAUUUCCGGAACCAACGUGGAAAAGCGCUGUUCGGGUUGAUGCAGGUUUUGCCGGAAGAGUUUCGAAUAAUCCACUUGAAGAAACCGUCUUUGUUUCGGAAGAUUUGGAGAAUGUGAAACCCCGUCUGUUGUUGCCUGCGGCGCUUCGGAAUACCUGCUACAGAACUUGGAAUUUGAAAGGACCUGAUCAUGGGAUGCCUUUGAAAUUGCUUAUUCGCACUGGAGACCAUGCCUCGAAGAUGGACGCGUCUGGAGAAACCCGGGUCUGCAUCAAGGCCAGGGAAGAGAUGCAAUACGCUCAUGGGUACGAAGUUCCGUCCUGGACUGAAGCUGCUGAAAACUGGGCUGACGUUUGCCUCAGGCCUGUGCAUCACUCUGGCUGGUUUGGAACUGUUUACUCGAUCGAUGAGAAGAACUUGGAGCAGAUUUCGCAAGAGGGCGCGAAUCACCUCGUGGGGUUUGAUCCCUUGGCUGCUUUGGCCUGUCUUCACCGUUUGCUGAGUAGGUUCAAGUCACUGGACCCGGGUUGCUAUUUGCUGGUGCCCGAACUGCCUGCAGACCCGACUAAGGAGCCCAAUUUGGUUCAUAUCUAUCGAGAGCACACGCGGGUGAUUGGUGGGCAUCAAGUGUGA